ACGUCGCUGAUAACCUAAAAAUGGCCGACGGCGAGCGAUGGGCUUAGUGAAAACCUAGCCAAAACACAGGCCCACUUCACAAACUCUACGAGCCUGGACACGGCUUAAUAAGUGCUAUACGAGCCACGUCGCGGAUUGUAUUCGACCGAUUUCUUUUCGCAAGGAAUACGUUCUUUUUGUUUACGAAACGCUAUCGAGCUAAACUAUAUACAACCCAGCAAUACCAAGAGGAGCAGCUCGUUGUCUAACUGGAAGUCCCGGACAACUCCCGAACACUGAGGCACCACCGCAAUCAAUAAACAUGGAACAAAGGCGCAGACACGCAAAAUCGCACCAUACUGAUGGCGGUAGCAGCAGCGGCGGGGACUCAGACGGCGGGAGCCCCGCGUCCCCGUCCGGGAGCCAGCAAGGCCCGUCGUCCUCGGGCAACGCGUUCGCCAACGACGGCAGCUUUAUGGAGAUGUUCAAGAAGAAGAUGGAGGAGGAAAUGAGGAAAAAGGAGCAGGGGACAGAUGGAGAGCAAGGACAUACGAAGCCCCCUCCCGUCACUAGCUUUGUGGGGAAGCGCAGAGGCGGUGUGUUCCUUAAGACCGGUAUGGUUGCCAAGAAGCAAAAACAGGACACAGAGACUACGCCCGGCAAGAGUGACGCUUGGUCAAAGUACAUGGCGGAGGUGAAAAAGUACAAAGCGCACCAGUGCGGCGAUGACGAUAAGACCAGGCCGCUGGUCAAGUAGACAUGGAAUCACAGAAGAAACCUUUGCCUUUUUUUCCAUCUCGUUUCCUGAAAGUUUACCCUUUUUUGUAUUUUUGCUCCUUUUGAUUUGUUUUGACGCUGUUCAUAUUUUCCUCUGAAAUGCUUUGAAAACUUGGCAAAAAUGAUUUCAUUCUUUUUGGUCAUAAGAUAAAAAAUCUACACUGCCUGAUCA